AUGUCAUCAGAUAAUGUUAAAUAUAGAUUACAAAGAAUUCAAACUCUUAAUGGUGAUCAAGAAAUUGUUUUAAAACAAGUUUGGGCUUAUAUGUUAAAAUAUUUUGGUUAUGAAUUAAAUAUUAAUAAUCAAGAUAUUCAAUAUAGACAAUGUUUUAUACCAUCAACUUCAACUGCUCAUUUUGAUGAAUCUCAUGCACUUCCAACUGGUGGUUUAAGUAAAUCAAAUACAAGAGGUUCAAUUAAUUCAACUAAAUCUUCUGCAUCCAAAAAGAAAAUGGGUUUAUUUGGUUCAAAAAAAGCUUCAUCAAGUGCAAGUACUGCUAAUCAAGCUACUGGUUCUGCAAAUGGUUCACCACCAGCUAAUUCAAAAAGAAUGAAUCAAAUUCAAACUCAAUCAUCAUCUGAAAGAUAUAUACCAGUUGAUAUUCCAAGUGAAGUUAUUUAUUCUGUUUAUGCUCAUCAUUAUAAACUUGCUUAUGAAUAUGCUGAUGAUUUUGAUGGAAGUAGCGCUGCUCCAAUUGGUGGUGGUGGUAAUGGUGGUGCUGCAGGUGCAGUAGGUGGUUAUAAUGAUUAUAAUGAUGAUGCAAAUUCCAUUAAUUCAAUUGAAACUUUUGUUACUGCAGAAACUACUUUAACUGAUUAUGAUGCAUUACCUCCUCAAAUUUUUGAUAGUAAUUAUAAAAAUAAUAAUUAUAAACAAAAUGGUGGUAAAAAAGCUUAUGGUGGUAGAAUUGGUCAUCCAAAUCAACAUCAACAAAAUAAUGGAUAUCAACAACAACAACAAAAUGGUUUUGCUGGUGGAAAUCAAGUUGAUAUUUUCCAAUCUACUGUUAAUAAACCUUUAAAAGUUAAUCCAGAUUCUUCAAUUUUACAAUGUUUUAGUCAAUAUAAUCCAAAAGAUUUACAUCAAACUUUACAAAAAGUUCAACGUAAUGAUUUAUUUGAUAAUUUAAUUUUAAAAUUUAUUAGAGCAAGAAAAUGGGAUCAUGAAAAAGCUUUAGAAAUGUUUUUUAAAUCAUUAAAUUGGAGAGCUAAUGAAUUUCCAAGUGAUGAUUGGGUUAUGGAAGGUGAUUCAGUUUCUUAUUUAAAUGGUACAAAUCAAGGAUUUAUUAAAAAUUUUACAACUGAAAAAUCUUGGAUUAAAGGUAGAGAUAAAAAUAAUAAUCCAAUUUUUACAUUUCAAGCUAAAAAACAUUUAACUUCAGAUUCUCCAUUACCACAAAAUCAAAGAUAUGCUGUUGUUACAAUUGAAUGGGUUAGAUUAUUUUUAAGAGAAGUUAGUGAAUCAGUUGAUACUUGUACUAUUGUUUUUGAUUUAACUGGAUUUUCAUUAAAAAAUGCUGAUUAUGCUACAAUAAAAUUUUUAGCUGAUGUUUUUGAAGCUCAUUAUCCAGAAACUUUAGGUUUUAUUUUAAUUCAUAAUGCUCCUUGGAUUUUUUCAACUGUUUGGAAUAUUAUUAAAAAUUGGUUAGAUCCUGUUGUUGCUUCAAAAAUUCAUUUUACAAAAGAUGCAAAAGAAUUAAGUAAAUUUAUUGAUCCAACUUUAAUUCCUGAUUAUUUAGGUGGUGAUGAUACAACAAGAGGUUAUUAUCCAAUUCCUGAACCAAAAGAUGAAUUCCCACCAAGAAGAAAAGAUGCUGAAUAUGCAAGAUUAAGAAGAGAAAGAGAUUUAUUAACUGCUAAAUUUUUUGAAACUACUAAAAGAUGGAUUGAAUCAACUAAUCCUCAAGUAUCUGAUAAAUAUUUAAAAGAUAAAAUAGAUUUAAAUAUUGCAUUAUCAAGUAAUUAUAUUCAAUUAGAUCCUUAUAUUAGAAACCCAGGUAUUUAUGAUAGAGAUCAUACUUUAACUGUUGGUCAUUAA